UUACUGCAUCAGCGGUUUAGAUAAGCCGUUGAAAAGGUUUAGCAAAAUGGCCAACGAAAAUUAUCCAUAUGAAAUUAAAGUUGUGGAAUUAGAAGGAACUACACAUAAGUUACCAGUAAUCGUACGGAUAGGGCCUAAGGGAUAUGUGAUACACGAAAAAUUUAAACACGCAGCGGCAGAUGUUUACAAUAUGGAAGUCAGGUCAAGUGACGUCUUUGUCGCCAGUUUCCCAAGAUCUGGAACCACGUUGACUCAGGAUAUAGUUUGGCUGAUAGUGUCUGAUUUAGACUACAAAAGAGCAUUGAAUAUACCACUAACAGAGCGAUAUGCUUUUUUUGAAUUUUUUUCAAGUUUUGAUGACGGAAUAAAAAUGAACUUAUUAGACGCCAACAAGGACGACGAGGCGAAGAUCAAAGAAAUUGAACUUAUUUUUAAACCGGCGACAGAGAUAUUGGAAACCACACCAUCUCCACGCUUUAUAAAGACCCACCUGCCACUCUCCUUGAUGCCACGGAAGGCUCUUGAAGCCAAGGUAGUAUAUGUGGCAAGAGAUCCGCGGGAUACAAUCGUCUCUUUGUAUCUUUUAGUAAAUUCAAUGAGACAUAUGAAGCUUGAGGAUGAUUUUAAAACAUUUUGGAACACGUUUGUAAACAAUUUGCAACCCUGGACGCCAUAUUUCGAUCACGUUAAGGAAGCGUGGGAAAAGCGUGACCAUCCGAACAUGCUGUUUUUAUUCUACGAAGAUAUGAGAAAGGAUCUGCCUUCAGUUGUACGCCGCGUUUCAGAUUUCUUCGGCAAAGAAUAUAAUGAGGAAGAAAUAGCGCGGCUCUGUGACCAUCUCAGUUUUGACAAUUUUAAGAAGAACCCUUCAGUUAAUUACGAUCUUAUGAAGGAGCUUGGAUUUAUGGAUGCAGAUAAAGAUUUUAUUAGAAAAGGAAAAUCAGGGGGAUGGCGUGAUUACUUUGAUGAGGAGAUGACGGCAGAAGCAGACAAAUGGAUUGAGGAAAAUCUACGUGACACAGAUCUAUGCUUUCCAAGCAUGCAAUGAUUUAAGCCGAAUAAAUACCUAUACAUUUGUAUAAUAA